UGCGCGCGCUCACUGCUGUCUCCGCGACACGGCCCAGCCCAGCACUACAUCGACUGUUGUUCAUCUGUCAAGAUUUCUAUGAUCCAGUUUAAAAAAAUUCUAGAAGAAAAAGACAACGGUGAAGGUCAACUGCUCCAUCAGGCAGUGUCCAACAAUGAUGACAGACUCCUUGAUGAACUGCUCUCUCAAGAAAAGUACAGAAAGUUCAUCAACUGUAGGAGCGGCUGGGGUAUCCCAAGAACACCUUUACGAAUGGCUGCAUCUAAAGGUCAUCUCAGGUGUCUGCAGGUUCUGCUGGCCCACGGAGCAGAGGUGGACUGUCUAGACGUGAAGGCUCAGACCCCACUUUUCACAGCUGUCUGUGGGAAAUACUUCAACUGUGUUUUAGCCCUCCUCAGGGCAGGUGCUAACCCCAAUGGCAGCUUGUAUAACAACUGCUCUCCGGUCCUGACUGCAGCCAGGGAAGGGGAUGUUGAGAUUUUGAAGCAACUUCUUAAACAUGGUGCUGAGGUCAACUCCAGAUCCAAAGUCUUGCUGUUUACAUCAAGUGCCAGUGUUUCUAGUGGUCCCCUCUAUCUGUCUGCUGUGUAUGGACACUUAGACUGCUUUAAAGUAUUGCUUCUCUAUGGGGCUGAUCCAAAUUACAACUGCACAGAUGCAAAACUACUGAGUAAAAUCAAGCAGCCUAAGACCGUGCUUGAAAUGUGCCUCAGACAUGGCUGUGGAGUGGAGUACAUCCAACUUUUGAUUGACUUUGGUGCAAAUGUCUACCUCCCCACUCUCAUCAUAGAAAAGUCCACAAAGCAGAAUGAGGCGGUGGAGCUGCUGCUGCAAGAAAGAGGUUUUCCCAAGUCCCUUGUAUCACAGUGCCGACUUGCCAUCCGAGCAUACCUCAGGAAGAUCAACAGAAUCCAGUCCAUUGACCAUUUGGAAAUGCCAUCAAGCAUGAUAAACUUCUUGCAAUAUAAAUCAGUCCCAGCAAUUGCUAUGCAUCUCUGAGAAAGCAUAUAUUGUCCCUAUGCUUUUGCUACAUGAAACAUGAUGCUUACUUUUUGCAAAACAUUUCAUAGUGAUGUUGAAAUAGUACACAUUUAUUGUCCUGCAUUUGAGAAUAGUUGUGUAAUGUUUAUUCUCAAUGUUUUCAAUAAAUGAUGCAAUCAUGUUUUUCAUUUUCUUGUUUUAUCCCUCUUCCAUAAUAUAUGUGGGAAUUUUUUUGUAAUACUGCAAUGUCAGCAUAAAAUACAAUGUACAGUAGAAAUGACAACCAUUAAAAUGUCUUGAACUAA